AUGGAAGAUUUGAGGAAGAUCUUCAAGAGAUUACGAAGGUACAACCUGAAACUGAAUCUCGCGAAGUAUGCAUUUGGGGUUCCUGCCGGAAAACUACUUGGGUUUAUUAUGAGUCGUCGAAGAAUAGAACUGGAUCCAUCAAAGCUGGUCUUACAUUUCUUGUAUUGUCAACUUUCAGGGCUUUUCCUUCCUGCAGUUGUAAGGCCAAUUCUAGAUUCUUUUAAAUCAUCAAACCAAGUCCCCCAACCUUCUCUAAGUGAUGCUGUUAAAUAUGGUCGAGAUCCAACACCAAGUGAGUUGCAUUUGCACGUCCAUACACAUGGUAAUGAUGGAACAUCUUUUGUUGCUGAGAAAUCCCGAAUCGUACAUGAAAAAUAUCAGGAGAUAUUACAACAACAAACACAAACUCAAUCUGAUAUUGAUCAGUGUAAAGCAUUUUAUCAAGCUGCGGGAGGAGAAAAGAAAAGAAGAGUAUAUGGUCUUGGAUCUGAAGCAAAAUGCUACUACGGGCCAGAUCUUCAUGGCUCUUUUGGAUCUGAUGCUACAUCGUCAGCAACACCUCGAAAUGCUCAAUCAACACCGAUAGGGAAUCUGGAUGAGUUAGUGAUGCGAUUGAUUCCUGCACUGACAGAUCAUAUAGUUCCUGUAAUCGUUGAGCGGGUACGCGAAUUAGUUUCCUUACCCUCGCAUCAGCCAAAUACUGAUGUGGCACCUACAGUUCCUACAUCCUCUACUGCUGUUAACAUUGAUGAGGUUCAUCCAUUGGGUUCUGAUGAUGACCAUAACUCUCCAGCCUCACAUAGUUAGCCUACUUUAUUUGGACUUUAUUGUUGGUCCUUAUGGAUUUUUGUACUUAAUUAUACGAUUAUAUGCAUUAUGCUAUAUAUUUUGGACCAUGUUAAAUAUAUUGUUA